AUGUCGUUUACCUUCCAAGUGCAGAAGAUCAAUCAGUCUUUCGACCAGAUUGCAGCAUGGUACCACGAGUUCAUGCGUAGAACAGAGUUGUGUUUUAGGAAGAUGCACGAACGUAUUCUGGUCCUGGAGCAGAAACAGAACAUACAAGGGCCUACGGACGAGCAAGUCGAGCGUGUGCUACGCAAGAUCCUAGACGAAAGGUUUUCGGAUCUCGCAACGCAUCAUGUCCGGAAGCACGACACUACACAAGACCGCAGUUGGUUCGUCAAAGAUCCCAACGACCUUCCUUAUCCCAGAUCGAUCAAGAUGGACGUUGCUUCGCUCCUCAUCCAACCGGACGCUGUCCCUUCCAAGGCCUACACAGAAACAUUCCGGAUGCUAGAGAAUGGGUUAAGAAGUUUUCCUGUCGACCACUCAAUGGACUCGGACGACGAAGAAGAUUAUAAAAUUAACGUUGGUAUAAGAGAUGGUCGCUCUUCACGUAGUGUCUGA